AUGAAUAUUUUCCUUAAAAAGAACUUCUUUCGUUUUUCCUCCAUUUUAUUCAUUAUUCUCUUUUAUGUUUUGAUAACUUUCUAUGCUUUUCUCUCUUUUCUUCUUUUAUCCUAUUUAUUUUAUCCUCUCUAUCACUUAAAUCUCUUGUUUUCUUUUCAACUUCUCUCCUUAACAUCCUCUCUCUUUUUAUUACUACACUUACCCCUGAUUAUCUUCCCUUCAUUAAUCUCCGUUUUGCGACUUGUUCUCCCCUCUCUUUCUCUUGAAUCAUCCGCUCUCUAUUUACUCUUCGCUCUUUUCUCCCUCCUAUUACUUAUUUUGUCCACUCCCUAUUCAUCUUGUUUCUCUCUUCCAAGCAAAAGAAUUCUCUCAUUGCAUUUCUCUCCCUUCUGCUUCUCACCCUUCUCUGUAGUCACAUCGCCAUUUUUCGUGCUCGGUCAAUCAAGACUGACCUUUGGUCACUGCCAACCACCAGUUGCUUUACGAAAAUGGUAUAUGACUCAUCCAUCGAGGCUUUCUUUCUUCGAAGGAGGACUUGGGGGCGUCACUCAAUCUAUCUAUCUAUCUAUCUAUCUAUCUAUCUAUCUAUCUAUCUAUAAAUUGGGAUCAAAUACAGAUCAAAUAUGGAUCGGAAUCCGACAGAACGAGAAGAGAAAGAACAAAUAUGAAACUUUGUUUUAUCUAUCUAUCUAUCUAUCUAUUCAUCUAUCUAUGUUUGUUUCUAUCUAUCUAUCUAUCAUCUUCUAUCUAUCAUCUAAAUCUAUUAUCUAUCUCCUUCACAAUUUUUUAUCUAUUUUUAUCAUCUAUCUAUCUAUCUAUCUAUCUUUAUCUCCUUCAUCUUUAUCUAUCUAUCUAUCUAUCUAUCUAUCUAUCUAUCUAUCUAUCUAUCUAUCUAUCUAUUAUUUUGUUCAUAUCUAUCUAUCUAUCUAUCUAUCUAUCUAUCUAUCUAUCUAUCUAUCUAUCUAUCUAUUUAUUUAUCAAGCCUGCACGCACAAACACACAACCGCUGCGUGGGAAUACUAUAGGUGGUGCACCCACGAGCAGGCAGGCUUUUUUCAAUACCGCGCCCUUCCUUCAUCCUCAGUUCCAUCGACCAAAGGCAAACAUCGUUAUCAUUCGUGCACAACCUGUAGCCUAAUCCUAUACCCUCAAACCUUACAUUAUCUUUCUUUCUUUCUUUUUGCGGUUUUUCUUUCUUUCUUUGAUUCUUUUUCCGAUUUUUUUAUUUCUUUCCAUCAUUUUUCUUUUUUUCAUUCUCUCUUUUGUCGUUUUAAUUUCAUUUCCAUUUAUUUCAUUCUUUCUUUUCGUUUUCAUUUAAUUCUUUCUUUCUUUUUGCUGGCUUCAUUUCUUUCUUUCUUUCUUUCUUUCUUUCUUUCUUUCUUUCUGUUAUUCCAUUUCUUUCGUUCUUUCUUUCCUUCUUUUUUCUUCUUUUCUUUCUUCCUUUCUUUCUUUCCAUUUCUUUCGUUCUUUCUUUCUUUCUUUAUUUAUUUAAUUCUUUUGCCUUUUAUUUUCCUUCUUUUCAUCAACUCGUAUUUCAAAAUUCCAUUCUUUCAAUCUUCUAAUGAUUUUUCUUUCUGUCUGUCUUUCUUUCUUUUUUUCUUUCUUUCAGUCAUUCUUUUUCUUUCUUUUUUCUUUCUUUGUCCUUCCAUUUUUAUUACAAUUUCUUUCUUUCUUUCUUUCUUUCUUUCUUUCUUUCUUUCUUUCUUUCUUUCUUUCUUAGCCUUCCAUUUUUAUAACCAUUUUGUUUGUUUGUUUGUUUUUAUUUGUUUUCUUUUUCUUUCUUUCUUUCUUUCUUUCCUUUCCAUUUUUUUUCUUACACCUUCCAUUUUUAUUACAAUUUCUUUCUUUCUUUUCUUUCUUUCUUUUUUUUCUUUCUUUUUCUUUCUUUCUUUCUUUCUUUCUUUCAUUUUUAUUACAAUUUCUUUCUUUCUUUCUUUCUUUCUUUCUUUCUUUCUUUCUUUCUUUCUUCCUUUCUUAGCCUUCCAUUUUUAUUACAAUGUCUUUCUUUCUUUCUUUCUUUUUUCCUUUCUUAAUCUCAAUACAUUAAAUUUCUUUUAUUCUUUACAUUUUAUAUCUGACGCCUCAUAUUUCCAGUUUUCUCUUUUCUUUCCCAGGUCUCUUAUUAAUAUCUCUCCUUCCAAUUGUUCCCUCUCUCUCUCUCUCUCUCUGACUUUAAACUAUUUAGUAAAUACACUUUCUCUUGUCACAUCUACUUCUACUUUGCCCAUAAUCAUUUCUUUUCUUCUUAUUUUCAAUUCUUCUCUUGUCUCAGUCUCAACCCGUCCGUCCCAAAGAGAAUUAUCCCUAUAA